AAUUUUGAUGACACGUAAAAAGUACUAUUUCAUAUCCCUAUUUUAUGGCAUAUGUUUUGCAUAAUUUUCAUAUUUUAAUGCCGCUUCCAGCACUCCAGAUCCAAUGCGACAGAGAUUGUUGCUCCACCGCUGCUUCUGCACCAAAUGCGGCAGCUUCGGUGGCCCCAUUGGCCUCCACCAUUCAUCCGGCUUCCACUGAAAACUCGAUGGUUCAGGUUGGGGAAGAGGUGGCGUGUCUCAGAUUGGUGGAUGGAGGGGCGAAUCUCAAGAUGGCGGUGGUGAUCGAAGGGCAAGAUGAAGAAGAUGGAGGAAAAUCCCUUCUGCCUUGUUCUCCCCAGCGGCGGCGACGCAACAGCUCCUUCGUAUGCAAUGUCACUGAUGCCUAUACAAAAGAAAGGGUGGAUGGGAUUGAAUAAAUAAAAAUUAUUAAUUAUUUAAUAAUUAGUUUGAAUAUUAAAUAUAAUUUCUUACGUGGUAUCUACGUGUCGCAUACAGGGAUGACACAUAGAUGUCACAUCAUUGUUGGUCGGACAAAUUUUAACCACAUUUAGGUCAAUAGUUAACUUUAACGUCCAACAGGAAUUCACAUAACACAAAUGACCUAUACCACCCAUUGUUUGAAAUAUUAAUGUGAUUAUUGAAGUUUGGUAAUAUAAAUGACACUUUCGC